GGGCCCCUCGCUCCUCCUCUCAGGCCCACGGGCGCCGGGCGCUCGCUCGCUCCCCUCCCUCCUCCUCCUCCUCGCGCCUCGCGCUCUCACACCUCGCGGGCACGCGGGCGAGCCGCGCCGCCAUGCGCGCCCAGACCCAGGCUGCACACUGGCCUAGGCGCGGCGGCCCGAGAUAGGGUCCCCUGAGCCUCCCGGGGGAGGAGAGGAGCCAGCCGCGCGCUCCGCCCCCUCCCCCCGGGUUGCCGGCGCCGCCACCGCCACCGCCACCUCGCCGCCUCAAGCCUGGCGGGGAGGAGGAGGAGGAGGAGGAGGAGCAGCAGCAGGCCUCCGGACCCCCGCACCGCCGCCCGCAGGGUUAUAGGUACUUGCAAAGACACCCAUUUCCCCCCAGCUUCCACCAUGGCUGCUAAGGAUCUAAACUCAGGACAUUUCUGACUUAUUGCAUCCUUGAAGAGCAUCAGUAGAAGAGGAAAAAAAGAAAGAUGGGUGUGAAAACAUUUACUCACAGUUCUUCUUCCCAUAGCCAGGAAAUGCUGGGAAAACUAAAUAUGUUACGAAAUGAUGGACAUUUUUGUGAUAUCACUAUUCGUGUCCAGGACAAAAUCUUCCGGGCUCAUAAGGUAGUACUAGCAGCUUGCAGUGAUUUCUUUCGAACAAAACUUGUUGGCCAAGCAGAGGAUGAGAACAAAAAUGUGUUGGAUCUGCAUCAUGUUACAGUGACUGGCUUUAUACCUCUAUUAGAAUACGCUUACACAGCCACUCUGUCAAUUAACACAGAAAAUAUUAUUGAUGUUCUCGCUGCAGCAAGCUACAUGCAGAUGUUUAGUGUUGCUAGUACCUGCUCCGAGUUUAUGAAAUCAAGUAUUUUGUGGAAUACACCUAAUAGCCAGCCAGAAAAGGGUCUAGAUGCUGGACAAGAAAAUAGUUCUAACUGCAAUUUUACUUCUCGAGAUGGAAGUAUUUCUCCAGUGUCUUCAGAGUGCAGUGUUGUGGAAAGGACCAUUCCUGUCUGCCGAGAAUCCCGGAGAAAACGCAAAAGCUACAUUGUUAUGUCCCCUGAGAGUCCUGUAAAAUGUAGCACACAAACAAGUUCACCCCAGGUAUUGAAUUCUUCAGCUUCCUAUGCAGAAAAUAGAAAUCAGCCAGUUGACUCUUCUUUAGCUUUUCCAUGGACUUUCCCUUUUGGAAUUGAUCGAAGGAUUCCGCCUGAGAAAGCGAAACAGGCAGAAAACACCCGGACUUUAGAAUUGCCUGGCCCAUCUGAGGCAGGUAGAAGAAUGGCUGACUAUGUGACUUGUGAGAGCACAAAAACUACUUUGCCUCUAGGUACAGAAGAAGAUGUGCAAGUCAAAGUAGAAAGAUUAAGUGAUGAGGAGGUCCAUGAGGAAGUGUCCCAGCCUGUCAGUGCAUCUCAGAGCUCACUGAGUGAUCAGCAGACAGUGCCAGGAAGUGAACCAGUUCAAGAGGACCUUCUGAUUAGUCCACAAUCUUCCUCUAUAGGCUCAGUAGAUGAAGGAGUUACAGAGGGGUUGCCUACACUUCAGAGUACUUCUAGCACCAAUGCUCAUGCAGAUGACGACGACAGAUUGGAAAAUGUUCAGUAUCCCUACCAACUCUACAUUGCUCCUUCUACCAGCAGUACAGAGCGACCAAGUCCAAAUGGUCCCGACAGACCUUUCCAGUGUCCGACCUGUGGGGUUCGAUUCACCCGCAUUCAGAACCUAAAACAGCACAUGCUUAUUCACUCAGGAAUUAAACCAUUUCAGUGUGACCGCUGUGGAAAAAAGUUCACCAGGGCUUACUCGCUAAAGAUGCAUCGCCUAAAGCAUGAAGGUAAACGCUGUUUCCGGUGCCAGAUAUGUAGUGCCACUUUCACUUCCUUCGGGGAAUAUAAACACCAUAUGAGGGUUUCCCGGCACAUUAUCCGCAAGCCUCGGAUUUACGAGUGCAAAACAUGUGGCGCCAUGUUCACCAACUCUGGAAAUUUAAUCGUGCACCUGAGGAGUCUGAACCAUGAAGCAUCAGAGCUAGCAAACUACUUCCAGAGCAGUGAUUUCUUAGUGCCGGACUACUUAAACCAGGAGCAAGAAGAGACUCUUGUUCAGUAUGAUCUUGGAGAACAUACUUUUGAAAGCAACUCUUCUGUUCAAAUGCCUGUGAUUUCACAGGUCUCCUCAACCCAGAAUUGUGAAAGCUCUUUCCCCUUGGGGUCUCUUGGUGGGCUUGCAGAAAAGGAGGAGGAAAUGCAAGAGCAACCAAAGACCAGUGCUCAUGCUGAGGCUCCCAGAGAAGACCCCCCUAAGUCAGAGCUGGCUUCUAUAACUGUCGAGUAAUUCUGUGAUUUGGCCUCCUUGGUUUUGGUUUUUGGAAAGUGCCUGUGCUUGGUCUUAUAUGUUUAAAUUUAAUUUUUCAAACAAAGACGAGUUCCCUUUGUAAGCCCUAAAAUUGGAGGGUUGCUUUGUUUUGAUUUUUUCAUAGCUGAGAGAUUGCUUCUGUAUGUAUACAAUAAGGUAACAUUGAAACAGAACAUAAACUCUAAGACUUAAGGAAAAGCAGCUGAUUUCAAACGUGGCAGUUCUUCCUCCCAAUGUUAAAGGUAGGCAGCAGCAGAUACAGAAGAAAGCAGGUUGUUGUUGACCUUCCUGAGAUGAGAGGGCUCAUUGGAAGUUUCUAAACAGAAUUUGACAAUGCCUAAGUAAAUGUUUACUCCUAGAUGCAGGGUGUUAUAAACCCUGUAGUUUUGGAAGUAUUUAUGGUAAUUUUUUUUCAAAUGAAGGUAAAUAACUUUUGAAAUCCAGCAUAUUCUUUUUUUUAAGCCAUUAUGAAUUUUCAUGGUGGAAAAUUGGUAUCGGGCAGGCAUUUCCUGUACCCUUAUAGUACCACUCCAAAGGCUAAGAGGUGUGACUGAGAGGAGUCAGGCUGUGCAUGGAGUAGCCAGGGUGCAGAAGGAGGUAUGUAUACCCCAGCUUUAUAGGAAUUGUUUCAAUACUGUUUUUCUUACUAGAAUGAAUGUUUACCUGGCCUUUGAAUGGUGAUACCUGACUAACUAGGACAUUGCCCAGAUUAAGUGUCCUCUUGUCCCAUCAACAGUACUUUCACUUGCAUAUACUAUUGUGCUGCCAUAUAAAAGAAAAAUAUUGAAGAUAUUCUAUAUUUUAUAUAUAGGUUUAUGUAUUGUUGGGGAUGUUUAUGCUGUACUGUUUUGGACAAAAUAAAAGAAUUCUGUUUUGAGGCUACAUUCUUAACCCAAUUAAGAUUGUUUACAAGAUCACAUAUGACAACAGUACAUUGUCCUUAUUCUAAAAUAUUUUGAGGUAUUGCCAAGUUUGUUAAAAGCUGUUAUAGUUUUCACGGGAUGUAAGCAAUAAUGUGAAAGAUAAAAGGUUGUAAAUGAUCAUCUGUGACUCAGAAAUUGGGGGAGGGACGUGUUAUAAAGAUUAAAAUCUAAAAACUUUGCUACUCAAAUGAUGAAAUUUAUAUAGUACUCUAGAUUGGGAUAUACUUUUUUAAAUCUGGUGCCAUCAAAACCUCUUUGGUCUGAAAUAUUCAUGAGUCCGUGAAUAAUAAACUUUUGAGUAAUUUUUCUCUAUAGAAAAUCACCCUAAGGUUCAUCAUUAUGAUUGCUCCUGAUGGGGUUAAAAAAUAGAAACAACAUAUGUUUUUUGUUUGACUUUGAAUACUUUCUUCUGUUUUGUGACAGGAUCAUAUGUAGCCCAGGCUGGUCCAGAACUUAUGAUCCCCUUGCUAGCAUGAUAUAGACACAUGUCACCACACCCAGAUCAAACUAUAGUUCUUAGAAACAUAAUCUGAAUUUUAUUCCAAUGCCAGACCUUACUUUUUACAUUAUAGUAACUUGUUUCUUUCAAGUUUAUUAAUUCUGCAAUUUAAUUUCUCUCUUUCCCUGUCUCUCUUUGUGCAUAUUCUCCUACCUUAUUUCUACUUUUUUCUUAAUCUCAGUAUUGAGAAUUGAACCGGAGACCUUACCCAUUAUUUGCACAUGGUCAUUCACUGAGAUACAACCCUAGCCUUUAUUUCCAGUUCUUCAUCUGACUCAGGAGCUCAUUUGCUCCCCAGCAUAAGUAUAUGACUUUCAGAAAAAUCAACUAGGAAAGUUAGUAAUUUUUAUUUUAAUGUCAUAUAUGAUCUUUUAAAACUGUGCCUACUAAUAAAGGAAUUCUAAAACUCAUAUUAGAAUCCUAUUUUAAGUAUGGUAAGGACUAGGUUAAAUUAUGAUCAGGAAUUAUGGUUUUGGUUCCAAGUUUUGUUUUCUUUUUAUUCUGUUAAGAGUCAGAAAAAAAGAAAAGGAAGAAAGAAAUAAGAAUCAAUCAGAGAUGAACUGUUGAAGAAUUCUUUUCAGAUUCCUGGGUUGAAAGUGUUUCAGUCUACCCUAUCUUGAGAAUUGUUGAGUUAGGACGUCCCUGGCAUCGCCCUGUGAAGGACACUCCUCACUGGAUUUUCAUUGCUGAUGACAAAUCUUGUAGCCAACCUUUAUGAGAUUUGAAUAUACCAUGCAAACACAUAUGGUUAGUUGCCCACUGCCCAAAUCUUUUUUAUAAAGGUGCCUGACCAGUGUUUAAUAUAAAGUGAUACGAAGGCCUUUUUCUGUUCCAUUAAGACUCUACAUUUGUGAGGACAUUUGUCUAUGAGCCUGUUAUAGGAAACACAGCUGCAAGAGAUAAUUGUAUAUAUAGUAACAUUUAAGGUUUAUUUAAAGUUGAUAUAAGAGAGGAAUGCCUAGAUGUAUACUUUUCACCAGAAUAUAUGGAAAAAAUUGUGAAGAGGUGAAGCCGGUCACGAUCCCUUCCAUAGAAGCCACCAGGGUAGCUAAACAGAAAAGCAUCCUUUAUUAACGGAUGCCUAUCUUUUGUAAGGCCUAAGGGUAACUUUGUGAUAUUUAAAGGGCUUAACUUUUAGAAUGCAGGAUAAAUUACUUUUUAAAAAGCUAAGCAUUUUAUACAAGAAAAGCUUUUGUUUUCAGUUUUUUCCCAACUACCAAACAGAAAGGAUGUGCUUUAGAAAGAAGGUUUUUGCUGUGAUAUUGGGUCCAGCUGCUCUUGUCACACUUUAUAUUUCCAAAUUCUGGCCUUGGGAGCUUUGCAUCAGAGAUUGUACUGACACAAGGACAAAGGUGUCAAUGCUUUCACUUUGUGCAUUUAAAGUCUUUAGUAUUGCUGUCCACAGGGGUGUUCCAAUGACUUUCUCUUAAUCGACCAUUUUAAAUAAUCCCAAUUUUUAUUUCCAGUAACUGCAAUUCAUUAUAUUACUAGGUCAUGUUUUGGUUUUUUUUUUUGUGUGUGUGUAGGGGGGGGUUGGUUUUAAGUUCACAAUUUUGUUAAAACAAAAUGAACUAAAAUGUCUAAGUGGCCUCAUUUUGGUCUUAGUUUGAACAUUCUAACACCCUUAAAUAGGUUCCAUGUGAAGAUAUAUGCCCUUUGUUAUUAAAGACCAACAAACAAAAAAUAGUUGUAUUUUGUUAAAAUGUUUUACAAAGUAGAGUAAAGUGGUCAGUGCCUCUGCUGUGCUGAGACAUUGGUAACUCAAUUACUGUCUAAACUGCUGAGACAGACUCUCCUGUUCUAGAAACUCAUCCCGUUCCUUUGGAAGCUCUGUUAAGUCUUUCACUCCUUUCAAAAAAAACAAAACAAAAAACCUCCUACUUUAUUCUCUUAAUCUAAUAGGAGCCACUUAGGCAGUUAGUGGUGUCUGUAUAGGUUUUCAGAAUCAGCUUUAGUCUGUUAGCUUUGAAUUUCCUAUAAGGUACAUUACCAUACAAUGUUACGGUAGAUGGCAAUUCUCUACUAGUAUCACAGAGAAUUGUUUCUUAGGAUGACGAAUGAACAGUCCUGAUACUUUAACUCAAGAGAUUUUGAUUCGUGGAGUAAUGACCAGGCAGAUUGGAAACUUCCAAUGGUACUGCAUCACUCACCUGCCAAAAGGGCCUUAAACUCUGAAGUACACAGCUAAGUGACAGAAUGAUUUCUGAGUUCUUAACCAGGGGAGGGGAAGGAAUUAGGGAAGCUCACACAUGGAGAGCAGGUGGGGGAGGAAAAUGGGCUUUCACGGUAAGUUGUUGACAUCGGAUGCUUUUUCUAUUUUGAUGGUUACAAAGAGGAUAUGUAGAAGCCAGGAAGCAGUGGAACGAAGUUGAGGAAGCAGAGACUUUAUUGUCACUAACCCCGGGUGUUAAGUGAGGUCAUCAAAAUUAAUACUUUAAUUUUUGUUUAUGCUAGUAUUUAUCUCUCAGUGUCAUUUUUGACAUAAUGUGGUGACAUGGAAUAUUUUUAUUUGAAAAAUCCUCACAAAACGAUUUGCCAAAAUGGUAGUGGUUCAGAUAACAGUGAAGUAGAAAUGAGCCAGUCCUCAUACAGGCUGGGAACAGGCUAUGGGUAUCGCAUUCUGGAUUACACAUAGAUUAAGGUUUUUGCUGUGGCCCGGAAGAGUUGAACUGUGAACAGAAUGGUAACCAGCUACCACCAGGAGCUGCACUUCUUACUUGUUAGUUUGUACUAAAGUGAUAAGUUAGAUGUUUCCCCUAUAUCAUAAUUCUAUUUUUAUAAUAGAAAAAGAUAGUUCCAUGACUUUGGAAAUAGUUGCUAUAGCGAUUUGAGACAGUGUGUUGGAACCUUGGCUUUGGCAGAUCCGAGCAGCAGUGAGCCUUCCCUUGUUUCUGUGACUAAGACCCAGGCCAGCGCCAGUGGACACAGGCUUCCUGUGCACAUAAAUUUAUAAAGAACUUAGUUCAGACCAUAAUUGAAAACAUUAAAGUUAAUGUUUUUAUUCAUUGAAAAUUGAAAUAAAAAAUUAAAGAAAAACGUUUAAAACGCAGUUUUUUAUUUGAUUUUAGUGCCUAGUUUAUAAAGUCAAAUCCUUGAUUUCUUUCUCUUUUAAGUUAACCACUUAUUAAGUUAUUAAGCCUAAAGCCCAGAGCUCAGUUGUGAUGACUUACUGGUAAAACCACCGAUAAUCAUUUGAGGAGCCAUAGUGUCAUGACUUUACCAAACUCCUUUGUUUUCUCACAUGCCAGUUUGACUAUACCUAGAGCUUGAAAACUCAUCCUGGGAGUGAAUGUUGGUUACCACAUUGCAUCAGCCGCUAAGGAGUCAGCCUCCUGUACCAGGGGAGGUGUUGUGUCUUUUCUGUGACAAGUGUGUGAGUAUGCUGUCUCUGGGAUUAGGUAGCAGUUUUCAGCUGACAGAUGUCAUGGAAGGUCUCUCCUACUGAAGGUACAUUGAUUUGGAAAGUUGCACUGCUUUUCUGCUCCCUGGAGUAACUGGCAUCGGGUAUUUAGAAGUGAGAUCGUAAAAUUUGUUGUUUUACUUAUACAAAAUGAUGGCUUCUGAUGCUUGUUUUUGAGGUAUUUAAAGAAAUAGCAGUCCUUGAUUGGGUAGAAUUUGGUUUUGACCCAAGUUCCAAUGAUGUAUUAGUUUGCUGAUACAGGUGUGUCCUGUUGCAUCAGCUAGAUAUUGCCUGCCUCUUUGUUAGGCACCCUUGUGGCACCUUAUGUUCAACCUGAAGGAUGGUAUGUGGCCUCUUUGUGCCUCUGCUGUCUUCAAAAGCCAUUUUAUAAAAAUCUUAGGUAGCCUAUUUUAAUAUUUAAAUAUAUAUAUUUGUGAAAGAUACUUUUAGAACAGACCUUUUUUUUAACAUUAAAAUUCCCGUAUUCCCAUUUUUAAGAGUAAACUAAAGCUUUUCCAGGCUUAGGAAGUAUGUUUUUUCAGAGCUGUAAUAAGAAAGUCAGAUUGAGGUGAGAAACCGGAAAGUUCAGUGAUAGGGAAAAGAUGUCUGCUGAGGGGAGACAAAUUUAAAAGUAAAAACAAUUGCUUUGACGGAACAUGAAUUUUUAAAAUAAAAUUGUGGGUUUUGUUUCUGUAAUUUCAUAUUUGCUGCUACAGUAGCUCACUAUUUUACAGGGCUAAUAUAUAAAUCUGGCUCCAUUUAAAAACUGGGGUCUUUUCUGAUAGAAGCAGCUUAGAAAGAGACUGCACCAGCCUGCCAGACAGUGGCAGGUGUCCGUGUAGCUGAUGCAUGCUUUAAUAUUUGCCUGUCGCUGGCAGCCCGGAGGUCAGGAAAGCUUCCUACCCUGCCAGCUAGAGCAGUGCAGCUCUUGGGGAACUGGCAUCUGUGAAACAGGCCAAAGAGGGGACUUGUGAAGAGAAACUGUGAAUGGAGUUAGACGAAUGGGUGAUUCCGUGUCCUCUGCCCCUCUCCCAGAACAGUAAUCUCUCUCCACUGUGCCGUCCCCAGUUCACCAGCUCUGUACCAGUCAUCAUCGUCAUCGCAUUCAAGUAUAGCUUUACUUGGUGACAGUGGCCAUAGCUAAAGUACUUGGCAUGUUUGACUUCCUACAAUAACAAAAUGGUCUUAAAAUUUGUUUUGUUUGAUUUCCUUAAAAAAUGUAUACAGUGUCAUAACUUCACAUUUUAUAUACUAGUAUCUGACUAUUAGUAUUUUACAGAAACCAUGGUUCUUGGUGACUACAUAUAUAUAUAUAUUUUUGUGACUUUUUUGUAAACUAAGUGCCGUUUCAACGUUACAAUCAUUUUUAGAGUUAUUGUAAUCAAUGUGAAUAUCAUGUUUUUUCAAAUCUGUUCUGAGCCUAGUGUUUGCUUUGUGAACAUACGUGUAUUGUAUAUAUUCUGUAUAGUUAAUACUGUACUGAAAUAUUAGCUUGUUUGAUAUGAGAAAAGUAUGUAUUGAGUACCUUUUUGCUAGCCUGAUUGCUUAAUCUUUUUUAAAAAAGAUUUAAAAAAAAUUUUUUUAAAUCUUUAAACUGGCCUUUAUUACAUGGUCACAAAUAAAGUUGCAGUUAGAAGGGAUGGACAGGGAAAAAUUAGUCUUGAGUGUCUUUGGAUAGAAACAUGAGACUAAGAUUUGUUUUUUGUUUUUCCUCAUUAAAAUAACUUACUGGUGUUUUAUGAAAUAA